AUGGUCAAUGCUCAGGAUAUGUGGGAGAAACUGUUAGUUAUGUGGGCUUGGGGAAGUAGUAGUAAUGCAUAUAGUAUGUGGGAUAGGACUGGUAGUGGUAUUAGGAAAGAAGCUAGAGAGGUUUUAGGGGUUUCAGGAAGUAGCUCGGGGUGGCAUCAAGGGGACAGGUGGAGGAAUGGAGAAGUUCACAAGAAUGUGGAAGCUAAGAAGAUAUCCUUUGCAAAGUUAGUGGAAAUUAAGGAUAAUGAGGAAAACCGAACUAAUGGGGUCAGGUAUAAAUUGGUGAAGAAGGAGGCAAAGUUAGCGGUUACGACGGCUAAGACAAUAGCUUAUGAUUGCAUGUAUGUAGAAUUAAAGGGAAAAGGCAGGGAUAAAAAUUUGAACAUACUGACCAAAGUGAGAGAAAAGAGGGCUCGUGACUAG